AUGGGUAGAACAAAACGGCUGUCGAACAGGGUCAGAUCUUCUCCAUUGCCUGCUGCAGAUCAGGAACAGUUAGAGGUCAUAAUACCAGUUAUUGACAAGCUCUCAUGCCCUAAUGCAACGGAAAGAGCGUGGGCAGCAGCGUGCGUGUCCAAUCUCGUGACGACUAAUGAAACAACCAGAAAGCUGUUGCUAUCAAAAGGAUUAACUAAGAAAUUAAUCGAUCGUCUAACAGACAACGUUCAUGGUGUUGUUGUUGAGGCCGUUGGAGCAUUGAGAAACUUGGCAGUGACGUGUGGAGAUGAUGCAUGUAUUGAACUUUAUAAUGCUGAUGUGUUGACACCAUUGAUGGCUCUAAUGUCUCAGACCUCUACUGCAAUUGAAAAAUCAUUAUUAAAUGUCGACACCCAAUCUACUAACGAUCAGAUCGAUAGCGUGGUCAUUGAUCCAAAAUGCGCUUGGGAUUUGGCGGAAAAUAUAAUUUAUAUCAUAUCGGCACUAUGCGAGUCGUCAUCGCACGCCCUUGUUGCGGUUAAUAAUAUGAAUAUAUUACCCUUCCUCAUGAGCUUUUUUACGCAAUCUAAUAAGAUACCCGUUAAACCGGUUCUGGCUGCAGCCCAGUGUCUAUAUACCAUAACAGACGAGUAUGAGGACCUGUGUAUGAGGUUCAACGAUAACCCUCAAUACGUAAAUCUAUUGUCGAGUGUAAUUAAUACUGCAGAACGCGAUUACGUCAAACCUCAACAAUAUGACGAGUAUAUCUGGCUGCUUGUCAGAGUUCUUGCAUGUGGUAUUUUAUCGAAUCUUGGGCCAAAACUACAAAGUUCUGCAAUUAUCGGUGAUGCAACAACAGAAAUAAAAAAGAUGACUCUUCCGCUAUUGCUGUCGUGCUUAGAUAUCGAUUUACAGCAAAUAGCGUCAGAAGUUGUAUCAGACGCGCUAGAGGCAGCCAGAACGGAUGCUAAUUUUAUUAUUACAAGCAAUAAUAAUACUGAGGUGACGAGAGAAGAGUCAUCGACGUCCGCAAUGGAUUUAGAAAAACCAAAAUCAUGCGACAAACUUUUUGAAAAACUGGCUGCCAUUGAGACGAGGUUGACAAUUACCCAACGCGCACUCGAACUGGUUGCUAAAAUAUGUUCCGAGAGCAGCCCAAAUGCUGAUGAGGAUAGCUGGAAUCCAUCAGAUGACGAGAAUGAGGAGCAACCACAGGAUAAUGAUGAUGCAAUGUCAACAGACUCGAUAAAAUCCUCCGCAUCGGUUUCAAGAGUUCUACUCGACUCCGCUACUCUUGAUACCAAUUAUUCUCGAACACUCACCGAUCUUUCUUCGGCAUCUUUAUCAAUAUUCACGACACUCGCGCAUGAUCUUACACCUAAAUUAAUUGCUCUGUCGACGCCAACAUCCAUAUCAUUCUCAGACACUGCCCCAGAUGCCGUUCGCAUCCAUCAUCGGAAGAUAAUCACAAUGAUGUCAACGACUCAUCUGAGAGCUGUGGAGUGUUUGAACAAUUUCCUGUUAACUGUAGUUGAAGUCGUAGGAGGAUUAAAAUGGUUUGAAGAGAGGAAGUUUGAAAUAGAGGAAUUAUGGGUCUGUUUGAUUCAAAGGUUAAGAGAGUGUAUUGGUGGGAGAGAUAGCCUCGAGAAGGUGCUGGGCGCUACGAAGGAAAAUGAAGACAUGCAGGGAGAGUGGCUGGAAGAAAGAAGGAAUUUGAUUGAGACUUUGAUUGGAUGCGCGUGGAGCGUUGCUAGAGGACUCAAGGGAUAUGUGCCCGUCUCGGAAAGUGAAAUAAAUGAAUUUGUAAAUUGGUAUUUGAUCACGAGAUCCGAUAGUUUGAGAGUAAAGAUUAUUGGCACUUUGGGUACAAUAGCGAGAAGACAAAAUGCUAUUGAGGCUAACAGAGUGAUUGGAAACUUCCUUAUAAGCGUUCUCCAGUUACUUUUAACCGAUGGGUCAACACCUACCGAUUGUGCUGUAGAAGCGUUGAACGCAAUAUAUGAUAUAUAUGCUGAUAUUGAAUACGACUAUGAUAGACCGGUCUUCAUCGAUGGAGGAUAUCUUGAAGUUUUAAAAGGAUUGGUUGGAACUGUUAGCAAAAUGGCUAAAUCAAUAGAUAAACGAAAGGCUCGCGAUCAAAGACUUCGCGCGGAUGAGGCUUAUGAGAAUCUGAUCGCUUUCAUAAAAUAUAAAGAAAAUGAGAGGAACACUGCAUGA